GGGCUGUUCCUGUAAGGCGGGGAGACAAUGAGUAAACUCUCCUUCCGAGCGCGGGCGCUGGACGCCGCCAAACCGCUGCCUAUCUACCGCGGCAAGGACAUGCCUGAUCUCAACGACUGCGUCUCCAUCAACCGGGCCGUGCCCCAGAUGCCCACCGGGAUGGAGAAGGAGGAGGAAUCGGAACAUCAUUUACAGCGAGCUAUUUCAGCACAGCAAGUAUUUAGAGAAAAAAAAGAGAGCAUGGUCAUUCCUGUUCCUGAGGCGGAGAGUAAUGUCAACUAUUAUAAUCGCUUGUACAAAGGAGAGUUUAAGCAGCCAAAGCAGUUUAUUCAUAUUCAGCCCUUUAAUCUAGACAACGAGCAACCAGAUUAUGAUAUGGAUUCAGAAGAUGAGACUUUAUUAAACAGACUUAACAGAAAGAUGGAAAUUAAGCCUUUGCAAUUUGAAAUUAUGAUUGACCGCCUUGAAAAAGCCAGCUCUAAUCAGCUUGUAACUCUUCAAGAAGCAAAACUGUUGCUAAAUGAGGAUGAUUAUCUUAUUAAAGCGGUAUAUGACUACUGGGUGAGGAAACGUAAAAACAGCAGGGGACCGUCUCUGAUUCCUCAGAUCAAACAAGAGAAAAGAGAUGGCUCUACUAACAAUGACCCCUAUGUUGCCUUUCGGAGGAGAACAGAGAAAAUGCAAACUCGAAAGAAUCGUAAGAAUGAUGAAGCUUCUUAUGAAAAGAUGUUGAAAUUGAGACGAGAAUUUAGUAGAGCUAUAACAAUUUUGGAAAUGAUUAAGAGAAGAGAGAAAACAAAACGGGAAUUAUUGCACUUAACCUUAGAAGUUGUGGAAAAAAGAUACCAUUUGGGAGACUAUGGUGGUGAGAUCCUUAACGAAGUGAAAAUCAAUAGAUCUGAGAAAGAGUUAUAUGCCACUCCAGCAACUCUUCAUAAUGGAAAUCAUCACAAAGUUCAAGAAUGUAAAACUAAGCACCCUCAUCAUUUGUCUUUGAAAGAAGAGGCUUCUGAUGUGGUUCGUCAAAAGAAGAAGUACCCAAAGAAGCCUAAAGCAGAGGCUUUGAUAACAUCUCAGCAGCCUACUCCUGAGACAUUGCCUGUGAUCAAUAAGAGUGACAUUAAGCAAUAUGACUUUCACAGCUCAGAUGACGAUGAAUUUCCACAGGUACCAUCCCCAGUAUCAGAACCUGAAGAAGAAAAUGAUCCUGAUGGACCCUGUGCUUUCAGAAGGCGGGCAGGAUGCCAGUAUUAUGCUCCUCGGUUGGACCAAGCUAACCAUUCAUUCGAUAAUUCAGACUUGGCAGAUUUGGAUAAGUUGAGGUAUAGGCAUUGUCUUACAACGCUUACAGUCCCACGAAGAUGUAUAGGAUUUGCAAGGAGACGGAUUGGCAGAGGUGGCAGAAUCAUAAUGGACCGGAUAUCUACAGAACAUGACCCAGUCCUGAAACAGAUAGACCCUGAAAUGCUGAAUGGUUUCUCAAGCUCUUCCCAAACUGUAGACUUUUCUUCUAAUUUCUCUCGGACCAAUGCUUCCAAUAAACAUUGUGAAAAUAGACUGUCCCUUUCGGAAAUAUUAAGCAAUAUCAGAUCAUGUCGACUACAGUGUUUCCAGCCAAGACUACUAAAUUUACAGGACAAUGAUAGUGAAGAAUGUACCUCAAGAAAACCAGGGCAGACUGUGAACAAUAAAAGAGUUUCUGCAGCAUCUGUAGCUUUAUUGAACACCAGCAAGAAUGGCAUAUCAGUGACAGGGGGUAUCACAGAAGAGCAAUUUCAGACACAUCAACAGCAGUUAGUUCAAAUGCAAAGGCAGCAACUUGCUCAGCUUCAGCAGAAACAGCAAUCUCAGCAUUCCUCGCAACAGACACAGCCAAAAGCACAGGGCUCAUGCACGUCUGACUGUAUGUCUAAAACACUCGACUCAGCCAGCGCCCACUUUGCUGCAUCCGCAGUGGUCAGUGCACCUGUUCCAAGUCGCAGUGAGGUAGCAAAGGAGCAGAACACUGGCCACAACAACAUAAACGGUGUUGUCCAGCCUUCAGGGACCUCUAAAACAUUGUACUCUACCAGUAUGGCUUUAUCAUCCAGCCCAGGGAUUUCAGCUGUACAACUUGUAAGGACAGUUGGCCACACCACUACAAACCACUUAAUCCCAGCAUUGUGCACAAGCAGUCCACAAACACUUCCCAUGAACAAUUCCUGCCUGACAAAUGCAGUACACCUCAAUAACGUCAGUGUUGUUUCUCCAGUCAAUGUGCAUAUCAAUACAAGGACUUCAGCACCUUCGCCAACAGCCUUAAAACUUGCCACAGUUGCUGCCAGUAUGGACAGAGUGCCAAAGGUUACUCCCAGCAGUGCCAUCAGCAGCAUAGCAAGAGAGAACCAUGAACCAGAAAGAUUGGGUUUAAAUGGAAUAGCAGAGACAACAGUAGCCAUGGAAGUUACAUAACUUAAAACUGUGUGGCUUUGACCUGUGCUGAUGGUGUGCAGUCAUUCCUAUUCCAACUGAAUGCAAAAGGCGAUACUCUGUGGAUCACAGAGCGUUACAAUGGACCUAAAUGGACUACAGUAUAUCGGAUGCUAAAUCGAUAUAUAAUGUAUAUUUUGUAAAAUUGGGAAAAUCACUACCUUGUAAAAUAGUUUAUUUGUAUCAUCAAUAUUAUUUCUGUUACUUGAAUAGUAGAUAUUCAUCAUCAUGCUUUUGCACUUGAAUUUGCAACUGAAUGGAUUUUAAAAAAUAAUUCUUUAAUGGGAUCAUGAGCAUGAAAUGGGAUCCUGCAUCACUUGUUUUAACUAUUUAUUUUGCCAUGUUUACAUUUUGUAUCUUGUAAAAAUAAAUUCAACUUUGUGUCUAAAAACUUAAAGAUUCAUAGCUAGGAAAUGAAAUUCUUGUAAUUUUUUUCUAAAGGAACUGUAAAGUUUUCACUUGGUUCAUUUUGUUUCACAAUUUGAUUAGAUGGACUUUUUGGUAAAUACUUUAGUGACAUUUCACUGUCAAAUAUGAAGUUCAAGGCAAAAUAGUAUUUUCUAUUAAUGUGCAGGGGAAAGGGAUGGAUCGAUACAUGCAAAUUUAAUGUAGGAACUCACUUUUCCAUAUAUUUUGAAUGUAUAUUUCUAUUUAUAAUACCAGUUUAUAAAAAAAAUAAUUACACAGAAAAAAUGGACUAGGAAAAAUUAUGCAUCUAGCACAUUUCAGCUGUGCAGGUAAGAAACUUUUUCAAGUAUUCCAUUUUAUCUGAAGACUGUGUAUUUUAACUGGCUUUAAAACUGUAACACACCACAUAAAGGAUCUUUUACCAGGUAUGUAUUGCAUUAUAUCAUUGCAAUAAUUAUUGGAAGUCUAGAUAUCGAGCCAUCCCAGGUGUUGGGAGGGGGGAGGGUUGUGGCAAGAUUGUCUUUUCGAUUUGGAGAGUUUUCCUGUGGCUACAAGGCAAGUAACGGGUUGGAAAAAAGUCUGACUGUCAGCGUUGGACACCUUCAUAGUGUAGUGUUUUAGUGACUUUUUUUAUACAGUUCUUGUAAAUUAGAUACGUGUAGUGGUGUUUCAGAAUGUUUGUUUAUGCACUAGUUCAGACAACUUUCCCUGUUACUUGUUCUUGAUAAGUGAAAACUGCAGGGAAAUAAAAAUACAUAUCAAAACA